AUUUUUUUUAUUAAUAUAUAUAUAUAUAUAUUUAUAAUUUUUAUUUCUUUAUUCUAUAAAAAUUUUAUUAUAAUAUGAUUCUUUAUAGAGAUAAGAAAUAUAUUUUUUUUUUUUAUAUUAAAUUUUUUAAAUAAAUUUAAAGAAAAUAAUAUUAUUUAUUUUAUUAUUCAAGAAAUAAGAUCUAUUUAUUUAAUAUUUUUUUUUAUUUUUAAUAAAAAUAUAUUUGUAUUUAUUUUUUUAUUAGUUAAAUUAGGAAUAUUUCCUUUUCAUAAUUGAAUUUUAAAAAUUUGUAAAAAUUUUUCUUGAAAUAUUUCUUUCAUUUUAUUAAAUAUUCAAAAAAUUAUUCCUUUAAUAUUUAUGUAUUUAAUUUUUUCUAUAAAUUUUAUUUUAAUCAUUUUUUUUAAUAUAAUUAUUUUUAUUAUUAAUCUUUUUAAUUGUAGAAAUUUAAAAUAUUUUUUUUUCCUUAAUUCUUUAAUAAGUAUGAGUUGAUUUAUAUUAAUUAUUUUAAUUAGAAAAAUGUUUUUUUUUAUUUAUAUAAUUAGCUAUUUAAUUUUAAAUUUUUUUUCAUUUAAAGUUUUAAUUAAAAAAAGUUUAAUUAAUUUUUUAUUUAAUAUAAAAUAUAACUUUCUUAUUUUUUUUUUAAUUUUAAAUAUUAUUUCUUUUCCUCCUUCUUUAAUAUUUUUAUAUAAAAUAAAAAUUUUAAGUUUCCUUUUUUUAAUAAAAUUGAAUUUUUUUUUUUUAAUAAUUUUAUUAUUAUUUUUUAUUUAUAUAUAUAUAUCUUUCUUUUUUUUUUUUUUAUCUUUUUUUAUGAACUUAAAAAUAGAAAAAAAUUUUUUUUUAAACUUAAAUUUUUUAUUUUUAUUCAAUUUUUUUUUUUUUUUCUUGUAA